AUGCCAAGCGGUGAGAGACCCGUCUCUGUCCAAAUAAGAAUCCGCCAUGGCGAGGCGGGCCAACAACCUGAGCCUGGUGAUAAUGUUUUUACGGUUUUAGAUUUGCAAAAUCAGAACGAUAAAGAUUAUCAACAAUGCAGUAAUUUUUCCGAUUUUUCACAAUGUUGCUCGAGGUCAACUUCACCUAAGUGUCGCAGAGUUUCCGUCUGCAGUUGCCCAAGUCCAGAGACGCAAGCGUCCCCAUGUGAUAGACACCACCACCGACGUAACUCCAUUGCAGUAAAGUUUGAAAAACGUUCAGAUUAG